UAGAGGGUAGUUUUUAGAGCAGGAAACCAUUAACCUCAAAAUCAAAGGAAGGAUGAAUAACUUGUUGAAGGCAGGGAUCAUCCUGGCUGCUCUCAUCGCUGCAGCACAAUGCCUGCAGUGCCGGCAGUGUAGUAUCGGUAUAUUUGGGACGUGUAUCGUUGGAAGGGACGUCAUGUGUAACAACGCUACUGAGAGGUGCUAUCGUGGAGAAGCACAGUUCAAUGCGACAGGGCGGCUCCAGCUCCACACCCGUGGCUGUCUGGACUCAGACCUCUGUGGGCUAACAAUCACCGGCACCGUCCUGGGAGCUGGUUACACGAGCAGUUUUCAGUGUUGUACGACAGAUUUGUGUAACGGAGCCAGUUCUCUGCAGCUCCCUCUGACUGUGGCGCUCUGUGCUGCCUUCCUGUCGUCUCUCUGGAGUGUGUGGGAGAUGUAGUACAAGUUUGUCUCUGAUUACAGAGUCCACCACAAAAGUGCAUGAUUUUUUAAGUAAGUCUGAAAUGAAAAGCCUAGUAAAAUCAGUAUUUAGUGUAAAAAUUUCAUGAGGUAUACUUAAAAACAGCUUUAUCAUUAUUAGCCUUUUAAAG